AUGACGGUCAUCGAGCCAGAAUACAGCGUGUCAACACAGGAAAAGUCGACGUCGGGAAAGCCAGCAAUGCAGAAAAAGCUGCCACAUGAGUAUGCAGACGGCACAGUCCACACCCUUGUCGACGAUUUUGGGCGGCCGUUCGACAUCAGAUUGAAGAGAAGCCUUGGAGGAGACAAUGGCGAGGGAUUCUCGAUGGCCUGCGUCUUUCUCGCCGAGUGCGUGUCGGAAGGGCAAGACUCACCGCGGCCGCGUUAUGAUGGUCCUUUUGUCGUCAAGAUCUUUGAUCCGCGCUAUUCGACCCGGCUGCGUCAAGAAUUUGGCGUCUCCGAGUUCGACGAAGACAUGCUCAAGGAGAUCGCAGAGUCCGCCCACAGAGGCGAACAAGCAGCAUUCGAAGACGAAAUGACCGAGCCUUUCAACCCCCCACGAUGCCUGUCCGAGACAACCCAGGAGAUUCUCGACGAGUUAGCACCACCGUGCGUGUUCGGCGACCUCUACAGCCAAGCACUUGCAGAAGACUAUGUGUUGCAGGCCUUCCUUGCUGAUGGCAUCCUCGCUACUCGCCCCUUGGACAUCGAUCGGGAGUUGUUCGUCUGGCUCAUGUCACAGCAAAUGUUCCGACACGAAGAACAGAUGCACAGUUACCUCAGCCGGUUCCCCGAUGCACCAGUUGUGCAACUUAAGGAAGUCCUUAACAUUCGGCCCAAAAUGCCGGUCAGCUCUUUGGAUGACGACGAGCUAAGUGCGCUUGCGACAACCAUGGGCUUCGGAGCCAUUGUCAUGGACAUGGUGGAUGGACAAACAAUGUUGGAGCUCCGAGAGCUUUGUAUGUUGUCCCCGGAGGACUUCAAAGAGCAGCCGGCCAGAGUUCGAGGAUUGGUUCCAACUGGCAGAGAGUCGGCCAGGCAGUUCUUUGAGGACGUCAACAUACUCCUUCGGUUUCCCCUCAGUGUUGGCGUUCAAAGCCGAGAUCCCAAUUUGGGCAAUAUAAUGUGCAGCCUACUGCCUGAUGGCAAAGGGAGGCGUCUUACCUGGAUUGAUAUUGGCCAAUUCCAGCCUCUCUUCGGCAAGGAGGUUUGUGCACCUGACACCUUCGCGAUUACGAGAGACUCGUGCCUUGCCAUGUUUGUGGCCAACAUCGACGAGCAACAAGAACAGGAGAUCUACAGCGACCUGUCCUUCAUCUUUCGCAAGGUCGGAUACUCCAGCAGCGUGGUGCACGACCUUAAACUCGACCGAUUUCGACAGUGGGGACGCAAGGUGUCAAUGACGUUCGCAUGGCGAGCUAUUAUGGAGGAUAUUUGCUUUGACGACUGGCAAUGUGGAAGGUCUGUUGAUACCCAGCUGUCGAUCUGCAUUAUCCGCAUGGCCAAAACGAUAAUGGAGCAGGAAAAAGGUCGCACAGGAGCUCCACCAAGAGGCACUCCAGAGCAACAGGACUGGCUUCAUCGCGCUGUGCUCAAGCUGCACUACUUGCUUUGUAGCGAGUCGGCCGAUGGACCCUUUGUUACUCCCUCGGGGCGAGAGGCAGCCGCUCGAUUUGAGACCAUCAUGGCGUCAGCUGGGUACCCCGAUGGUCAAGUGGUGGUGGCCGCCCACUCCCAGACCGAACUGAAAUCGAAAGACGGCAAACGCACAUAUCCUUCUGUGGAGGAAGUCAUCCUGCAUGUGGCGGCGACACGAAUAUUGCCUGUUCGGUUCUGGUCCGCGGAUCAGCCCGUCGACUCGGUCAUUUCUGAGCUGCAGACCCGGUACGACAAGGUACUGAAAGCUAGGCUGCUUGGUUGA